ACUGCCCCGCCUCCUCCAGUGCUAAGGAACAAGCACAAGACGGAGUUUUCGCAGGCGCCAUUUUUUUCAAAAAAACCUCUGAGGUCGCUCUCCUUUGCUGCCUUCUUUUGUCUCCACUGUUCUUGCCGCACUUCUCGUAGCCCCCGCCAAGCAGAUUUUACCUUCACUCCUAAGAAUAAAAGGUAAUGGAGACUGAACAACAGGAGGAAACCUUUACCAACACAGAGACAAAUGACCUGUCUACAGGCAAACGUCCUGCAGAAGAUAUGGAAGAAGAACAGGCCUUCAAAAGGUCUCGGAAUACAGAUGAAAUGGUUGAAUUGCGCAUUUUGCUUCAAAGCAAAAAUGCUGGAGCAGUGAUUGGAAAAGGUGGCAAAAAUAUUAAGGCACUUCGUACAGAUUACAAUGCAAGUGUUUCAGUCCCAGACAGCAGUGGCCCUGAGCGUAUCUUGAGUAUAAGUGCAGAUACAGAGACAAUCGGAGAAAUCUUGAAGAAGAUUAUCCCUACUUUGGAAGAGUACCAGCACUACAAAGGUAGUGACUUUGACUGUGAAUUAAGACUUCUAAUUCACCAAAGUCUAGCAGGAGGAAUUAUUGGUGUCAAGGGUGCUAAAAUCAAAGAACUCAGAGAGAAUACUCAAACCACCAUUAAGCUCUUUCAAGAGUGUUGUCCUCAUUCCACUGAUAGAGUGGUGCUUAUUGGUGGAAAACCUGAUAGAGUUGUGGAAUGUAUCAAGAUUAUCUUGGAUCUUAUCUCUGAGUCUCCAAUUAAAGGACGGGCCCAGCCUUAUGAUCCGAAUUUCUAUGAUGAAACAUAUGACUAUGGUGGCUUCACAAUGAUGUUUGAUGAUAGAAGGGGACGUCCAGUAGGCUUUCCCAUGCGUGGAAGAGGAGGCUUUGAUCGAAUGCCUCCUGGUCGUGGCGGACGACCUAUGCCUCCAUCAAGAAGAGAUUAUGAUGAUAUGAGCCCUCGUAGAGGACCUCCACCACCUCCGCCAGGCCGUGGUGGCAGAGGUGGCAGCAGAGCUCGUAAUCUUCCUCUUCCUCCUCCACCACCUCCUCGUGGCGGAGAUCUUAUGUCUUAUGACCGAAGAGGUAGACCUGGAGACCGUUACGAUGGAAUGAUGAUGCAGUGUCACGUAGAUGCCUGUGAUGACAUGCAGCCACCAGAGUUGUUUGAGGGUGGCUCUGGAUAUGACUAUUCUUACACAGGGGGCCGUGGUUCAUAUGGAGAUCUUGGUGGACCCAUCAUCACAACACAAGUAACAAUUCCCAAAGAUUUGGCAGGUUCUAUUAUUGGAAAGGGAGGCCAGAGAAUCAAACAAAUACGUCAUGAGUCAGGAGCUUCAAUCAAAAUCGAUGAACCACUAGAAGGCUCAGAAGAUCGAAUAAUAACUAUUACAGGAACACAGGACCAGAUACAAAAUGCUCAGUAUUUACUGCAGAACAGUGUGAAGCAGUAUGCAGAUGUUGAAGGAUUCUAAUGCAAGAUUAUUUUUUCUUUUUUAUAGUGUGAAGCAGUAUUCUGGAAAGUUUUUCUAAGACUAGUGAAGAACUGAAGGAGUCCUGCACCUUUUUUUUUUUUUUUUUUUUUUUUAAUAUCUGCUUCUGUUAAAAUAGCCAACAUUCCUCUGCUUCAUAGGUGUUCUGCAUAUGAGAUGUAGUGGAAUCUGCUUUUCGCCAGAUGUAAUGUUUUAGUUCAUUACAAAUAUUUGGGGUAGGAAAAGGUUGCACAAGACUAACACUGAAAUUUUGAAACAGCAGCAGAGUGGAUUUUAUUUUUGUUCAGUGGUGGUUAAUUGUAAUGUGUUUUUAUUUUUCCUGUAGCUAUUGUGAACACCCUGCUUUAUGUACACUGUAAUUUUUUAAUUUUUUUUUUUGAAGGGGGGGAAAGGACUGGUUGUUCACAUGUCCCUGGCAUCCUUUGAGGGCAGUGUGCAGAAUGUAAUGUUCUUUUUUAAGAUGUAUUUUACAAUUUUUAAAUAAAUUUAGUGAACCUA